AUACUGUUUACCGUCUAAAAAGAUAAGUACACGUAUGUACUUUGCAGAAACAAUAUGGACAAAGUCCGUUUUGAACAUGAAUCGUAAAACGUGUGUUAUGGUCAUGCUUAUAAUAGCUAUGACGCCCUAUGUCUCCGUCGGGAAAAUGUACAGGAUACUCGCAGGCAGAUUUUGGAAGGAAGGUGCAAUAUUUUAAAGUAUUCAAGUGCAACAGUCAAAGACUGAUCAUUCGGUCGUGCCAAGGCAAAAAAAAAGACAAAAGGCUUGGUUCAUCAUAAGGAUUGAAAAUGGGCCGAUAUAGCUGCCGUGUAGCGACAACGAAUGAUAUAUCGACUGUUUACGAUCUCCUCAAUGAGUACGUCGUCGAACAGGGUUUAGAGAAAGAAUUCACGAAUUCAAAGCAAGCCUUCAUCGACCAUUACGAACGUGAGCUUUUUACAGCAAUCAUCACAGAGGUUACAGAUGAGGCAGAAAAUAAAACUGAGAUCAUCGGAUGUGCCUUUAUUUCUUUCCCCUACAAUUACGUAGUCGGUACAGCUGGUUUUAUACAUUGCUGCUAUGUGAAACCGUCUCACAGGGACCAUGGACUCCAGCAAAUGUUACUCAAGAUGCUUAAGAAGGUUACUGCAGAAAAGGGCACUCAUUUUAUGAUGGGGAGUGUAUGUGGGAAAGACCACACAUUUGAUUCGGCUUUGGAGGCCGAAGGAUUGAUAGAUAUGGCCACCUUGCCGUCAGGUGCGAGUGAUUUGUGGUUCAUGGCGAAUCCCUCGACAACACCAGAAUUUUCGAAUGAUGAUUAUGUGGUCCGAGAGGGAAGUUUUAAAGAUCUUGACGAUGUUUAUGAUUUAUGCAAUGAGCUGAUGAAGUUUGAGAAAAUAGAGGAGCAUCGACCUGCAAACUUUACCAAAGAAGUAUUCUCGCAUGAUGGAGGACUGGACGAUCCCCCAUAUGGUGCAAUAGUCGUAGAACAUCGACGUCGCGUCGAUGACGAGGAGAAUGAAGUCCGUCCCGACAUCGUCGGCUGUAUACUGUAUACCAAGAUGUACCAUACCCUGAGAGGAGACACAUACUGGCUGCAAGGGUUGUAUAUAUCACCCCAACACACAGGGAAAGGUCUUGGAAAACCGUUGGUGCGUGCAUCGCUAGAGGUAAUAAUAUACCCCCUCUUAUCUCUCUUUCUACUACAUGCCGAAUAGAUGUGCGUAAGCACAUACCUUUGUUGGAAAACGAGGACAUCACACAUUAAUCCGAGGACGUCUUCGGUACAAAGACAAUGCAACUAUACGGUCCCGAAGUACGUCCUAUUUUAUAUAGAGGUAUAAUUACCCGUAUAGAAUAGAUGUCCUCAAUUGUACAAUUUUCUUUUCACCCACGGGAUUCCUACUUACACACAAGUCCUCGCUUACAUAGUGACGUGCAAUAAGUUGUAUAUAAAAAAGAUUUCCUCGAUUUCUAUCAUAAACAUGUAUACCUGUGUAUGGCGUACGUGUUUUGUUUUCAACUUAAUUAGUGCGUUUAAUCGGGUAACUACACUGAAAUGAUUGGGUGUUAAAACUGACACCAGUUGGUGUCCCCUGAGGGCCAUACCCCGAGGUGUUAACUUUACACCUUAGAUUUUGAGCAAAACACUACACGCUGCUAAAGCCACGACCAAAGGUGCUGUAAAAACACCAAUAGGAGUCGAAUUAACACUGUAAAUUUAAUACUACAGUAGUGUUGUCCGUGUAAAUCAGUUAUAACCACAUGUUUGCUGUGUAUAAAUUGAUGCUUUAAAGUUUCCCACGAUGGAUGCAUUGGUGCAAAAUGUGGCAACCUGAGGCAAACAAUCUCGUAAACUCCUCGUGGUGCCAUGUUCAAUCUCCUAUUGCUCUCGAGACACCAAUUGACGUACUUUUUUUAACAUCUCAGUAUUACAUAGUAUUGUGGUGUUAUGAGGUGUACUAAUGAAAUAAAAAAAAGGAUAAGAAGUAGUUUGGUUUUCACCGUGAAUUUAUAUUGACAUUAUACUUGAAUAAGAAUUAAAAAGAGAAUAAAAUCAAAUCGAUUUAAAUGCGUUAAAUGAUUUGGGAAGGAGUAAUAAAUUCUGUAUUUAUUGAAUGUACAAGUGUCUUACGAAUACGAGACAGAACAUCAUUUCCAUCCAGACCUUCGUCGUAAUCACCAGCUUCCUAUUUUCUACCAAGGUUCCCAUUUUUCUUAGGUAUCAAAACUCCAAUGUAACAAAAUUCAUCUAUCUCGGUCAAUGUAAAUAUUACAAAUUUAAUUUUUUGAGACCAUAAAGCGUUUCUCCUACAAUACUAGAUUCUCCUAUAGCAUGAACUACAAUCCCAUUGCCAUCCGGCGUGUACCUGGGCAUUGAUUGCCUACAGAAAAUCAGUCUUAAAAUGAUCUGCUUGUAAAUGAUUUCAACAAUUGAAAAAAAAGUCACCACACCACACUGCAAUAAUAUUCAUUC